CACUCCAUCAUAUUACUUCAUCAAGCAUAUCUUACCAUUCUCAAUCCAUAGAAUAGUCAAAACGUUUUGUUUAUAGUUUUUCAGUUAAGCAUUCAGCAUAUUCGUGUUAGUUAGCAACAAAGCUUCUGUUUGGUUUAAAAAAUGUCAAAAUCGUCUGUUCCGUAAAUACGGAAUGGUGAUGUUCCGCUUAUCAUGCGGCGCCAAUUUUUUUCAAGAAAAUCAAACCUAAAAUUUUUCUUACGAUUAACGCGAAUACAGACGUAUACAAUUUGUGAUUCGUUUUUUUCCCAGUGGAACUGCAAUAGCAUUUACACGUUCACGGUUUAGUCUUUAUGUGAAGCUUUAAUGAAAUGGCAGCUGAAGCAUAUCAGGCACUAGAGAAAACUCUUUCUGCAGAUGAAAAUGUUCGUAAACAAGCUGAGAAAUAUCUAGAAAAUGUUGAAGGAAAUCCUGGGUAUGCUGUUAUGUUGCUUAAACUUGUUGAUGAUGGGAGACAGCAACAAAAUCCCGGGAUGGUCCCUCUUGCUGCAGCAAUCACCUUCAAGAACUUUGUCAAACGGAAUUGGCGUGUUAACGAAGACGAGGCAUCCAAAGUUUCAGAGCAAGAUAGAAAUACUAUAAAAUGUACUGUGGUUGACCUAAUGUUAACAAGCCCAAAGCAAUAUCAGAAGCAACUGAGUGAGGCUAUCAGUAUAAUAGGUCGGGAAGAUUUUCCAGAAAAAUGGCCAUCCUUGCUUGAAGAUAUGAACAAGAAAUUUCAGUCAGCGGACUUUCAUAUUAUCAAUGGAGUUCUACAGACCGCACACUCACUGUUCAAACGAUACCGGCAUGAAUUUAGAUCAGACAAACUGUGGACUGAGAUAAAACAUGUUCUCACCACUUUUGCUGCUCCUCUAACAGAACUUUUUGUCAACACUGUCAAACUUGCUGAGCAACAUUCUGCUGACAAGGAAAGCCUGAAGGUGCUUUUCAGCUCCCUGGUUCUAAUAUCAAAGGUCUUCUACAGCUUGAAUUAUCAGGAUCUUCCCGAGUUUUUUGAAGAUAACAUGGAAACUUGGAUGAAGCAUUUCCAUGCUUUACUUACAACAGAUAAUGCUAUCCUGCACACACAGGGUGAAGAAGAAGCAGGAUUAGUUGAGUUACUUCAAUCACAAAUAUGUGACAAUGUAGCUCUUUAUGCCCAGAAGUAUGAUGAAGAAUUCGCAAAGUUUCUCCCACAGUUUGUAACUGCUGUAUGGAAUUUGUUGGUCAACACUGGAAAAGAAGUAAAAUAUGACCUGUUGGUAUCAAAUGCUAUUGGAUUUUUACGUUCUGUAUGUGAGAGACAACAAUACAAAUCCUUGUUCGAAGAUGAAGGUGUCCUAGUUUCAAUCUGUGAGAAGGUGGUGGUUCCUAACAUGGAGUUUCGAACGGCUGACGAAGAACAAUUUGAAGAUAAUCCUGAAGAAUACAUUCGGAGGGAUUUAGAAGGAUCAGAUGUUGACACGAGAAGAAGGGCGGCAUGUGAUUUGGUUAAGGGACUCACCAAGUUUUUUGAGGCACCUGUCACUCAAAUAUUCUCUCAAUACGUGGCCAGCAUGUUGCAACAGUAUGCUAGUAACCCCGCUGUUAAUUGGAAAAGUAAAGACGCCGCAAUUUAUCUUGUCACUUCGCUUGCACAGAAGGGUUCAACAGCAAAGCACGGAACUACGCAAGCAAAUCAACUUGUGAAUCUUGACGAGUUUUUCACAUCACAUAUUCUGACUGACCUGAACCAGGAGAAUGUUAAUAACCUUCCUGUGUUGAAAUCGGAUUCCAUUCGCUUUGUUGUAACUUUCCGCAAUCAACUCGGUAAACCCAACUUACUCCUUGUCUUUCCUCACCUCACUCGAUUAUUGACGUCAACAAGCCAUGUCGUUCACACGUAUGCUGCUCAUGCUAUUGAGAGAUUGCUGAUGAUAAAAGAUGGCAAUGUUCCUUUAUUCCGCAAAGAAGAUGUGCAUCCUCAUCUUGAGUCGUUGCUCUCCAACAUCUUUGGAGCCAUGAGCAUGGCUGGCUCGGAGGAGAAUGAGUAUAUGAUGAAGGCUCUCCUCCGUAUUGCUUCCCUUAGCCAGGAGACAAUUCUACCAUAUAUGCCAACACUUGUGGAAGGCCUUACACAGAAACUUACUAUAGUGAGCAAGAACCCAAACAAGCCACACUUCAACCAUUACCUAUUUGAGGUGUUAUCACUUUGUAUCCGAACAACAUGUGCUAAUGACAAAAGUGCGGUGAAGAGUUUCGAAGCCGCUCUGUUUGGAAUAUUCACCGAUAUUUUACAGCGAGAUGUCACAGAGUUUAUUCCUUAUGUCUUUCAAGUGAUGUCACUAUUGCUCGAGCUACAUGAACCUCCAGUACCCGAGACGUACAUGGCUCUCUUCCCCCACCUACUGGCUCCUGUGCUGUGGGAGCGACCAGGUAACGUCCCUCCACUUGUCCGUCUCAUGCAAGCAUUCAUUGAGAAGGGAGGAGACGGUAUCGGGCGAUCUGAAAAGUUCAACAAUGUGCUGGGAGUGUUCCAGAAACUAAUUGCAUCUAAAAGCAACGACCAUUUUGGUUUCUACUUGCUUAAUAGCAUGGUGGAACAUAUGCAGCCGGAUCUUCUUGCUUCCUACAUGAAGCAGAUCUUCUCUCUUCUCUUCCAACGAUUAAUGAAGAGCAAGACGAGCAAAUAUGUGAGAGGUCUCCUUGUUUUCUUCUCACUUUACAUCAUCAAAAAUUCUGCUGAUUCGUUUCAACAACUUGUUGAUUCACUCCAGGAUAAAAUGUUCCGCAUGGUACUUGAAAAACUUAUUAUCAGUGAAACGCAGAAGGUAUCAGGAGCCAUGGAGCGUAAGAUAUGUUCGGUUGGAAUGACCAAACUACUUACAUCAUGUACUGCACUUCUCGAUGAAAAUUAUUCUCAACUUUGGGCUCCACUUCUAGAAGCGCUUAUUGGUUUAUUUGAAUUGCCACUCGAUGACACUGUUGCUGAUGAUGAACAUUUUAUUGAAAUAGAAGACACACCAGGUUACCAGACAGCGUAUUCACAACUAGCGUUCGCUGGUAAGCGUGAACAUGACCCAGUAUCGGUGGAAAACCCAAAGUUCUAUCUUGCCCAGCAACUUUCACGGCUUUCCAAGCAUGUACCUGGAAAAAUACCGGGAAUGUUAGGUUACAUGAAUCCGAAAGCCAAAGAAUUCCUCCAAGGCUACGUCACCGCUGCACAAGUCGAUCUCUCGUGACGUCAUUGGCACGCACUUCUACCAUUAUGUCGUCAUAAGGCUGUACCUUGAAGUUCUCACUUCUGUCAAUCAUCAUCGCGAAAAAAUUCAAUCUUGUUUCUGCACACUUUCUCAUUGCGGCUUCUCCAAUAAAUUUGUUUACGUUA